AUGACCGCCUCGCUGCCUAUAAUAUCCCCGCGCCAGGGCCCCCAACGCCCCAAGCUGUCCAUCAACACGGAGCAACCACGCAUCCUCGGAAAGGCCGCCAGUCUGCGCCUCGACACGCUGAGUGCCGCCUCGCCCACGGUCCGCAACACCUUUUCCAACGCCUAUGAGCGCCCCUCGACUGCGCCCGCUCUGCAGCGUCCCCCACGCCCACUGCUCUCCAUUGAGAGCGACAUCCCCGCCGCCGCCGCCACCACCACCACCACCAACAGCGCAUCCACGCCCAGCUCCGCCUCAACCCUCUCGUCGGCCUCAAACGACUCGGCCGCCAGCGCCCUGCCCUACAAGCAGCCGCACAACCUCACCUCGAUCCUCGCAAACAGCCCCGCCCGCUCAAUAAUACCGCGCAAAAUGGCCGCCAACCGGCCCAUGUUUCCUGCUGAGAAGCACGUCUGCUUCCGCACCCCACUCGACGAGGAAAUUACCACGACAAAGUACACCAUGGCCCACUCGGACCUCGAGUCAUCCGUGUCCACCAUUUCCACCAUGUCGACCAACUCGUCGACGGCCUCGCUCGCAUCCACCGACUCGCACAUCUCGGCCUCGCACCACUCGCUGACGGCCCACCCCGCCUCGUCCAACGCCAGCAUAUCGCCCCUGCAACUGUCGCUCGAAAAACCAAAGCCCGCCCUGUCGUCGCUCCAAAGCUCGCCGCGCCUCAAGGGCCCGCGCAUUGGCGACAAGCGCGACUCGUCGUCGUCGGAAGACGAGAGCGACUCCUGUCCCCAAACCCCCGUCGCAGGUCGACGAAAGAGGACAAGGGACUGGCGCUGGACACUGGGCCCCCUGCCCUCGUCGGACAAAUCGGCAUCCUCAGCGAGCGACGCCAACACGAGCGACGACAGCAGUUGA